GGAGGAAUGGCUUGCCUCCGCUAUCGAGGAGACAUCAGGACUUCUGUCAUUCCAUAGGCGUCUGCACAUCCAGUUCAUCGGGAGAUAGACACAUCUUGCUUGACGGAAGUGAUAGUGAUUGAAGCACAUGAAAAUAUUCCUUGUUUAUGAAGACGUCGGAGAAGUGAUGUGUUCAUACAUCGCUGAUGGCGGCGGCGGCGGCGGCAGUGUCCUGCGGGGGAGCCUCACAGUCACGGAGCGAAGGAGCCGCAAGAUCAGCUUAUCACGCCGCGCUCCUCUCGCCUCUCCCUUAUCCUUAUCGGCGUCGGCGGCAUCGAGCCCGGACGACGCCGUCGCCCGCGACAAUAAUACGGUUCACACGGAGAAAAACAAGAUUGUCAUGGCCGGCCCCUCCCGGCCCCCUCCCGGCCCCCUCCCGGCCCCCUCCCGGCCCCUUCCGCGCCCCGCCUCCCCCGGCCGGACGUCGCUUCUCGGCCUCUUCUCCAGGCUGCAUCGCAUGGCCUCUGCCUGACCACAUACUGCAAACUCCUCACUUUUCUUGGCCACUUAAGCGUGUGUUUUUUUUUUUCUACCUGACAUAUACUACAUGGCUACUAUGCCUGUUUCUGUACAUAAUAAAUAUCAUGAAACAAAUCGCACGUAUUAAAGAAUUAAAAUUUCGCAAAUUAAAACUACUUAAUCACA